CAUGUUACCUUCUCCCACGUUGUUCCUAGUGCCUUUGAUCCGCGCUCCUACUGGACGCGCUUCGAGGAGCCCAAGAAGGCGUUUCCCGAGCUGACAUUUGGCGAUCAAGACACCAGUGUCGCGCAGGGCUCUGUUGGUCCUCGCGAAAUUCGAAUGAUCAAAUACGAUAUGCGAUCGUUCAUGGAACAAUGUGUUUCUCGCUAUGUUGAGCUCUGUGGCCCUAAGUAUAAAGCCACCUUGCGGUCGGCUGACACGCCGUUCCUCGAUGAAUCGCGACCGGAAUUCGAUACCAAUCCGGAUCGACCUGCUGUGAACCGCUUAUUGGGCCAUCCCGUUGACACGCCUGUGCCUCCUGGUAAAGGCGUUCUCGGCGACUGUGCAGCCGCCUUGGGCCUGCCUGCUCUGUCUAUGUGGGAGUAUAUGUUGGGCCGCCGUUUCCGAUUGCGGGUCAUGGAAGACAAUGAGGCCGCUAUUCGAGUCGUUAUCACUGGUCACAACCCAAACAUGCGUCACAUGUCUCGUACCCAGCGUAUCGAUAUCUCUGCGCUGAACGAGCGCUAUCACGCUGGGGAUUUUCUGUUCGUGACGUGUCCCUCUCAGUUCGAGGCUGGUGAUAUUCUGACAAAGGCCUGCACUGAUGCCAAGGUGUGGGGCCGCAACCUUAUGUCUAUUGGUCAUUUUCGUAAGGGUACUCUUAUUUCCUCCGGUAUGCUGUCUGCCGCUCCCGCUCUCCCUGCUCUCCCCUCUGUCUGUCCAACCAGGGGGGUACAUCUUGAAACCGGUCACAGCCCCUUCAACGAUUUCAUCCUCGACAUGUCUCGAAAGAACAAGCAGCCGCCGAAGAAGGCUGCUGCCAAGACACCGGCUGCCCGAUCACCUCAGCCGAAGUCUCCCUCGCCAUGCGGGGAAGGCCUUCCGAGCGGUCCGAUUGCGCCGACUACGGAAAGGCCUCCUGCUCCGCCGAUUCCCACGGAGCAGGCUGAUUCUGAUAUGGGCACCGAUGAAGCCCCAGUCCCGAUUCAGACUCCGAGAGAUGAGUCUACCGGGGGUGGAAAGCGCUCCGAGGACGUUCCGAUAGGAUUGAGGAUGAAGGCAAUGAUUCUGAAAAUCGGGAUCCAAGAGAUCCCACAGGCCUCAAUCUGGCAGCGCCUCGAACAGCUGACAUGCAACCCUGGUUACGAUCAAAAGCUGCACCAGCUGGUUGACUCCUUCCUCCUCACUACUCAUCCGCUCGCGGAUAAGCAGAGGAAGCAGUACCCCCGAGAGAUUAUGGACUUCAUCGACCGUUACAGGGUGAUGUGCGCUCUUGCAUUUUCCCGAGUGGCGACGUUGUCUGGCGAUGCCGCAGGGGUCCGCGAGAAAAUGGACCUUACGAUGGCGCUGGCUCGCCACUGUAUGCACUUUCAAGCGCAGAGCUUUAAGGGAUCUCGAGAGACGCUGAGCAACGAUACGCUCCGUCUCAUGGGAACGUGUUAUAUCCCGUCGCCUCUUGCGAGCUGGAACCGAAAUCUCAUGGGAUACAGCAGUUCGACUGCGGAGCAGCGAUGGUUGAGGACCGAUACGAGUAUCAAACACAGCGACCUCACCAAGCUGUCGCCCAUUGAGUUGUCAAGGGAUGCGGUCAGCCAGGUUGAAGCUGUGAAGUUCUUCAAGGGAUUUCUGCAGCUCAGGCCGACGCUUUCUUUCAUCCCUGGAGCGUUUCUGGCACUCAAGGCUCUUAACCGAUUCCCCACGCUGGACUCUUUGAAAGAGCAAGCGACUCACCUCGAGAACGAUCGCAAGGAACACGGCUACGAUCUUCCUGCCGUGGAUGCGAACGGGAUCGGGGAAGUGGCCGCCUUUCGCAACGAAGACGACGAUGAAAAUAACCCGUUGAUGCGCGGGUGGGUCUCGUUCAUGAAAGCGAUGGCUGAGACCUACCCCGGGCGAUGCGUUAGCAUCGAUGAUACGCUCAACUGGGGAGCCAGCACCCCUAUGACCUAUGAGGACGGUGCGGCGCAGACCACCAUCCGCCCGACCGACGGAUGGGUGUAUGUCCCCGCGAUGAAUUCGGGCAUAUACGAUCCUCAGGAAACGUUCCUUCACGGAACGAAUCUCCGAUACCUCUGGUCGAUUCUUGCACACGGAGGUCUGUUCGGGGAGGAUUACGUGACGGACGAUCAUGAAAGUCACGAGCCCUGCGUCUGGGUGACUGGACACGCUCCCGAGGCUGCCAGUAGCUAUGCAUCUGGCACGUACCUCGGCGGAGGAUACUGGUUCCAAGUGAUGAUCUGCGUCUCCCGGACUAUGGUGAACAGCCACAGUCGCACGACGAAGAAGCUGGGGGGCUCUCAGAAGCAGAUCCGCGUCGGAACUCGAUUUCUCGAGCUGUGCGGGAUCGCGUUCAGGCCCUUCCGCCUUCUGGAUGACCGCGAGCAAGGGGUCUCUACCUCCCCGCAAUACGUCGUCCACGGACAUGCCGAUGGAACAAAAGCCGUGGCCUGGCACCCGUGGAUGGAGGCGAGCCCGAUCGAUCCUCGCAUUCUGAAGCUGCUGGGAGACAGUGUCGCUCGCGAUAAUGUCGAGUUCGCCGACCUCACGAUUCAGGGGGGCAACGCUACCCAACAGGUUGCUUCUACCGAAACAGAACAAUCUGGAACGACCGCGGCUGAUGAUCAGGCUGCGGCGGGGGGCAGUGAGGCAACGGAGCGAGUCACCGUCCACUCAGCAGUGCUUCGCCGCAAUCACUGGAUGCCCGACACUUACCGGACCAGUGAGCAAGCCACUAUCGGUGGCAGGUAUGCCUUGCUAUCCGAGCUUCAGUCCUCCAGCUACCGAAUCGAGCUCGCUCCAUUCUUCCAGCUUCGAGCACCCAUCCUGGGAGAGGAAGGGAGCCAAGGUUUGCCAAAGCCUGCAAAGCUCGAGACAAUUGCCGGAGGACCCUCCAAAGAAUGGGAGGCAUGGUGCAGGCACUACCGAAAGGCGUACGGUGUCAUGCUCGGCAAUUUCGGCUACACGCCCGCCAAGAACAUCAAGGGUAUCCCAUACGAUGAAGAAGGUACAACGGAUAUCAUUGGCGCGCCUGUUUGGAGCCCAGCCGAUGCUCUUGUGGCUGUCUCGAUCCACGGGAUCAGAACGGUUACGACCAUGGCCUCCACGAUUGCAUUUGGGGGUGCUCCGCCAACGAUCAAGCCGGCGGUACCCAGCAAGCCGCAGAGAUUUAUUGUCAUGCACGAUGGCCUGCUGUCCUUCAGGUCUGCCAAAUCCUGGCACGAUGGCCAGAUGAAUGCCCAUCUGAAAAGCGCGCUGGCAAGCUUUGGAUUCCCUGAAUCCGAGGUGCGCGUGCAGGCGUUUGAUGAGGGCUACAAGCUCAAGGAUAUGGUCGACACGCUCGCGAUGAUGCAGAGCGAGACCUCCAUCCCGCCAUCGAAUGUGCACAUCCUCAUCCUUUGGAGAGGAGAAGAUUUGUGGAAGAUGGACCAGGGCUGGAAUAAGCUGACUGGUGACAUCGAUGUGGCACGAUCACAAUAUGCCAAAUCGACCGCCCGGGAUGCUCUCGAGAAGUAUAAUACGAUCUACGGAUCGGUGUCCCUUUGCGGACCGGUGUCACCGAGCAUGGGACAUCUUCCGACUCUUCCUGGCCCUCUCUUCGAGAAAUACAGAGAGGAGAUGAGAUCGAUCUGGGACGUGAUCAGGAGGUCCAACUUCCUCACCGUGUCGUUUGACGCUAUCCUGGAAGGCCUGCCGUACCUGAAGGGAUAUCACAUCAUGCAUGAGUCCAAGACGAUUGGGGUCCUGUGUACUCGUAUUUGCUCGAUGUUCACACUUGCGGCUCUCGCACGGUUUCCGUCUUACGGAACCCGCCGGGAGUAUCAGAUCGCUGCCGAUAAAAUGUGGACACGCACUCCAGUCCCGGAAGAAAAGUCAACGGGCACGGUGAAGGCCAUUGUGCACUCCACAGUGCAGGACCUUAUCGAUGGGGCAGAUCGCGGCGCCGAUCAUCAAGCCGCAAAGACCGUCGAUAUGAGUCAGCUUGGCUUCGAUGACGACGACGAUGACGAUAUGCCUGACGACGUAGGUCCGACAGCUCCCGGGAAUCCGAUCAAACAGGCAAUGCCAGUGUCGCCCGGCCUUGCUCCGGCUGCUACGAACGAUGAAGAAUCUAGCAGCAGUUCCGAUGAUGACGAACAGCAAGGGGAUGGCGAUGCGGCGAUGCCCGAAGUCAAGAAGGAGGAGUCCGAUGAGGAGUUCAAUGGGCUUCUCGAAGGAAUGACUGAGGCAUUCGGGAAAAUGCCUACUCCCCGGGAUGCCGAGCGAACUGUCGCAGCCAAUCGGGACGCUGCACGACCGCCUGCCGUGCCGUCGAUCCCUCUCUCUACGAUGAAGAAGCCAAAGCCGAUUGGUGGCGAGGAAGCCGCGGGGCCCACCACCGAGAAUCGCCAAGGUUAUGCGCACUUCGAAAGCCAAGUCAGUGAAGCUGAGGCUCGCCGUGAACAGGCUGCGAAGAUGAAGGCGCAUAUCGCUGAAGUGGCAAAGGGCGCCACCGGUGUUGAGAAUGCCGAACACCUUCGAUCCAUUGCCAAUGGGCUAGCCAAGAUCUUGGACCCGAACAUGAGUGAUGACAAUGUGUUCCAGGGUGCCAUGUAUCCUCCGGGUGACUAUGCGCUUGACGCUGUCACGAACCGGCUGGCCCAAGGCAGGCGUCGGGUCGAAUCGAACAGCAAUCUCAUCAGGGAGAUGGCCAGCGACCGAUUUACGCCUGUGCUCAUCAACCGAGAUACUGGUGAGACUGUGUCUGCCAUCGAUGCACGAUGGACCCCGGAGUAUGGAAACAGGGGGGAGCUUGAAGCUAAGGUUGGUGCGAUUAUUUCCAACCUGGAUGCAGUGGUUCCAAGCAUGUCAACCCUCCCCGUGUUCCAUCCGCACAUUCCCUCGACGUACGGUAUGGCUCGAUCGCUUCUCAACACAUACCAGUCGUUGCAGAGUGCCAUCCGACACCGUGGCAUGGGUGCGAUGUCUUUCGAACAGAUGGUGUUCAAACCAGAGGACCUUGAGGUUCCGACUCCCGAUGAUUGGCCGGACCUCAUUGCGCCUACCCCCGGAAAAGUCAUUCAGUCCAUGCGGGUGGCCCUGGUGAAUAACACAGCGGCGAGGUUGACGAGAGAGGACCUCAAGCUGCCACCGGGCUUCGCCAUGCAGCGACGAGUGACUGAAUUCCGCAAGCCGGAAGAAGACCCGGUGCAGAGCCUGAUGGGGCUCACUGAUGACCUGAGCUACGGCACUACCGGCCGAACUGGGGAUGACAGAUUGUCCCAGUUCCAGCGCUGUGUUGCGGUACAGCUGCGGAACACUGCAGGAUUCAUUGCGAGUGAGUUCCAGAAGCAUGCCCGAUCUAUUACCGCUUCCUCCUCGCGUCGCAGUGAUGCCUCAGGCGCCCUGAGUAGUCAGGGUGAAGGCGCGGCGGACAACGAUCUUCCGUCCACCGAGCAGGCCAGUGCCGCAUCUGAGCGUGCGGCGACGCCGCCUCCGCCAAACGUGGCUCCUCCUCCUCCGCCUACAGCG